AUGCAAAACGCAAAAAGUCGUGCAUUGUGUUUUUUUUUUUUGAAUUAUCAUUAUCAAUCAUCUCUGUUACAUCAUUCCAAUUUGAUUCUUUUUCAUUUGUUAUGUGUUUUUUGUCCUGUAACAGUUGAUACAAUGGGAUUUCUGUAUCUUGUCGAUUUUGAUGAAUAUCCGAAAGAGGAUGUCAUCCAUUGUAUAAUAUGCAAAACCGGAAUUGGAUUAGCCAACGAUUUCAUCGACAGCAUGGACUAUGAGUUGACAGUGGUCUUUCAUAAAAUGUAUAAUGUGCAAGUGGAUGAAGAGAAAUACCAUAGACAAGUAAAUGGAAAUACCGUAGCUGAUACUUACUGCGUCAAAUGUGGAAUGCUGCUUGGGAUGAAACUUAUUGUAGUCCCUUAUAGCAACCGGACUGUGCAUUUUAGAGAAGGAAAUUUUUUGAUGAACGCGCUCGAACUUGUUGAUUGUAAUAAUAAGCUGAUGUAUAUUGAUGAAGAUGGAGAAGAUGAAGAGUAUGAAGAAGAUGAUGGAGGUGCUAAUGAGCAUGAUCAUGAUCAAGGUGGAGGGGCAGAUGAACAGAAUCAUGAUGAUGGAGGUGCUAAUGAGCACGAUCAAGAUGAAGAAGAUGAUGGAGAUGAUGGAGGUGCUAAUGAGCACAAUCAUGAUCAAGGUGGAGGGGUAGAUGAACAGAAUCAUGAUGAUGGAGGUGCUAAUGAGCACGAUCAAGAUGAAGAAGAUGAAGAGUAUGAAGAAGAUGAUGGAGGUGCUAAUGAGCACGAUCAUGAUCAAGGUGGAGGGGCAGAUGAACAUGAUCAUGAUAACGAUGGAGGUGCUAAUGAGCACCAUCAUGAUCAAGGUGGAGGGGCAGAUGAUCAUGAUAACGAUGGAGAUUGA